AUGAAGACAUUCAUUAUUAUAUUAUUUUGUUUGUUAUUAAUAACGGUAUUUUCUGAAAAUAUCGAAAUAAAGCCAGCAUCAAAUACAAAUAUUAUUUGUCCGGAUGCUAUAUCAAUAUGUCCAGCGAAUUGUACUGGUUGUAUUUCAAUAGAUGGUGACUAUUCGUGUUGUCCAGUUCAAGAAGGAGUUUGUUGUUCAGAUCAUAAACAUUGUUGUCCAAAACAUUAUAAAUACGAUUUAAAAAUUUUUAAAUAUGAUCGUGUUUUUAGUGCAACAAUGCUUGGUGUACAACCAUCAUUAAAUAAAAGUUGA